AUGCAAGCCAUUGCAAGCACGACAAUGACCAGGCUUAGUUUACUGGCAGGUCCCAGUGGCCCAUUCCUGGCUGAGUGUACGCUGUGUGCUCAGGAGAAGUGCAGCAUUCGCGAACUGGUGGAAUGUGAGGAGGUUCAGCCAGGGCCUGUGGAGGGCGACACCGCCACUAGCUUAAGAGAGCAGCUGGUGCGAAGUUUGCAGGGCACCUGGUACCAACCCGACGGCGAGCGGAUCGCGGAGAUCGUGGGAGAGGAGAUCAUUUGGGAUCUCAGCUUGAUGCAGAACGAUGGCACCCAGCUCUUCUUCAAUCCCCACGAGGCGCUGGUGGCCAUCUACCUGGACGGCGUCGCCCACGCGGGCAAGGUGAUCAUGGAUGCUCAAGCCAACAUCCGCUGGGACGAUGGUGAGGAGAUGCUGCCGGGCUACGUGGAGGACCUGCCGGGCUUCGGCGGCUUCGGGCUCUUGGAUCGAACCCCCGCGCCACCCGAUGCCAUGGGCUGCAUGAGGGGCGACAGCUUCGCCGAGUGCCCCACCGGCGCGCCCACCUCGCCACAGCGCAGCAUCGCCACGCCGCGCACGCCGCGCAGCCGCGUGGCCUCGCCGGACGGGCCGCGCUCGGAGCGCCCGCGCGCGGCCCACGCGGCGCUCACGGCGAAGAUGGAGCGCCCCGAGCCCAGCUUCGGCGAGCUGCGACAGACUCUGGUCAAGGCUUUGGACAACUUCUUCUACAUCUACAAGGAUGACGAGGAGGCCCAGCGCCUGCUGAUCGGCCGAAAGCUCAAGGAGCGCCGGCUCCGAAAGCAACGCUUGGACGACGAGGAGCGACGAAAGCUGCGCGAAGAGCUGGAGGAGCUGCGACGACAGGAAGAGGCUCGACAGCAGGAAGAGGAGGCUCGCCGAAAAGCGGAAGAGCAGCGUCUCCGCGAGCAGGCGGAGCGGGUGGAGGAGGAGAAGCGGAGGCGCCAGGAGGAGGAGCGCCGCGCCGCCGAGGCGCAGCGCCGGCGUGAGGAGGAGGCCAAGAGGGAGGAGGAACGCCGCGUGGAAGAGGCUCGUCGAAGGAAACAGGCUGAGGAAGAGGCUGCCCGAAAGGCCAAAGAGAUCCGAGAGCGGCUCCUCGCAACGAUGCAGGAGUUGGCCCAGAGCCGCGACGGUUGGGUGCUGAAGAACGCCAUCGCCGAGGGCGAAAGCGUAGGUUUGGAUGCCGAGCUGCAACCCUUGCGCGAAGCAUUGAAGGAGGUGCACGAGCUACGCAAAGCGGCGCUCCUGAAGGCACGCAAGGCGCAAGAGAAGUUAGCCAACGACUUCAAGACCGCCAAAGAGGCCCAGGACUUCGGCGGCCCCGUCUUGGCGGCGCAGUGGCGGGCGGCGGUGAAAGAGGUGCAAAAACCCUUCGUGAUGCCCGAGUAGAGCGAGAGAGCGAGCCACAGAGCCACAAAUCAGAGCGCGAGGAGAGCCCUCCCAGAAGUCAUGUGGGAGGGCCACAGCUUCCUUCGCUCAGUUUCACGGGCGUUGGGUUGUUUGAAGAGAGGGGAAAGGGGACGAC